AGGUUGUAUAAAACGUAGAGACUACUCCUCGGCAAACCGCAAACCAUUGCGAUCCUUCGAAUCGAAUAGACAAAACCGUUUUCGCAUUCCAGUAGCUUCACUUCCAAAAUGAAAGCAUUCGCUUCCACGGUUACCCUAUUGUUGGCAGUGCUAGGAGUUACGCUUGCACAGCGCGAGAACUCGCUACGUGUGAUCGAAGCAUUGCGUGAAGUCCAUCCGGCCUAUCGGGAGCUGAGAAACUAUGUCGUCAAUGCCGUGGCCGGUGCCAAGCUGAACAGCUCCGAGGUAGUGUUCAAGUUCAACGUGGACAUUGCCGAACGCAAGGAAUCGUUCCUUCAGAGUGCCAUCAAGGCCGAAACGGGCGUACUGCGGCAGGUGAAUGGCCAGCGCCCGGAAGUAGAGACGACUUGCUUGGGCUUCCUGCGCCAAAGUGUGGACGUGAACAUGAAUCUAGCUGGUGUUUCCUUCACGAACUGUUUGAACAACGUUGAUGCGGCCCUGUCGGAGGAGGUGGUGCGCAUCUACAGCGAGCUGCAGGUCAACGAAACGUCCUACGUCAACCUGAGCGUGUACGAUGUGUUCCGGGGCCAGAACGUGUUCGUCAAUCCGCAGACGAUCGUCGAUCGGUUGCUGGAGAAACUGUCCGCCCUGCAGCAGGCGCCGGUCGAGCUGUCGCUGGAGCUGGCCGAACUGGUCGAUGCCUUCGAAGCUCGGCUGGGCGAUGUACGGGCAGCGUACGCCGGCUGCUUGUCCCUGAACGAUAAGCUGCUGGAGCAAACCCUCAACACGGUGCUGGUGCAGCUCCAGCAGAUCUGUCUCGGUGUGUUGCUACCAGCCGAUUCGACCGACCAACCGGCCGAAACGGAACCAGUGGAAACCGAACCCACCGAAACGGUACCGGUGGAAACGGAACCGACCGAACCGGCUGAGACGGAACCGGUCGAGAUCGUACCACCGGUGCCGGAAACUCCUGCUCCUGCCCCGGGUGAUGUAAAGUAAGGGUGGAGCACCGAUCGUGUGAUGUGAAUGUGAGCGAAUAUGAUUUUCAAUAAUGGAGUUUAAAUAAAUCUUUUGUCAACUAA